CUUUCUCUCAACCAAAUCGGAAGCAAAAUCAUCUCUCCAAAUUCUCCCUCUAAAUUUCCGGCAAAAAUGGCCUCAUCGCCGGCGGUUCUCCCCAUCUCAAACCCACAAACCAUUUCCACCGGGGAAUCUCAGGCCCCUGUCGCCACCCCUGCCUUCCGCGCUUUCAUCAACAACAUCACCGAAACUGUCCGAUCUGGCCUCUCCAAACGCCGUCCGUGGUCUGAACUGGUCGACCGAUCGGCAUUCUCCAAACCUGACUCCAUAACCGACGCGGCUGCCCGGAUCCGUAAGAACUACUCCUACUUCCGUGUCAACUAUCUCACCGUCAUCGCCGCUGUCCUCGGGUUUUCUCUCCUCACAAACCCUUUCUCUCUCAUCAUCCUCGUGGGUCUCCUCGCCGCCUGGCUCUUCCUCUACCUCUUCCGCCCCUCCGAUCCACCGUUGGUGAUCUUCGGCCGUACGUUCUCGGAGCGUGAAACCCUAGGCCUGUUGCUUGUGUCGAGCAUCGUCGUGAUCUUUCUAACAAGUGUCGGAUCUGUACUGAUCUCCGCUUUGCUUCUUGGAACUGCGGUUGUUUCUGCUCAUGGUGCUUUCAGGACUCCAGAGGAUCUGUUCCUUGAUGAACAAGAGUCUGGUGCUUCCACUGGAUUCCUCUCUUUCCUUAGCGGCGCGGCCUCCAACGCCGCCGCAUCCGCCGCCCCAAUUGUUGCUGCCGCUCGUGCCUGAUUCGGUUUCAUCCGAUGUGCGUUUUGCUUUGUCAAAUUGAAAAGGGUAAGUAGUAUAAUGGAAACAAUAGAUUGUGCAGCAGUGAGUCAUCAUCUAUUCAUAAUAUUUUUCUUUAUAUUUGAUUACUAAUUUUGGUGAUUUCCUUUCUGAAGAUAUGUAUUUUGCUUCAAUGUUACUCAACAUUUACGAAUUUGAUUUCAAAAACCCAUUUAUCUUUUC